ACAACUCGUCGACAUCAAUGGACUCGUACUGUAUCUUCUCGCCAUAAUCCUAAUAUUCUUAGAGGGCAUUCCUUGUGGCGGGCCAGGGGCGAACACAACGUGCGUGAUGUUACACUCUGAAUUAUUUACUGUUGGUCCUCAUGACGUUGUAGUCCAAAAUACCACUUCAAAGGUUGCUUCACAAGCAGCCAUACGAUACCCAGCAUGCGAAUACAUGUCAUGGGCAUGGGCUCAGUAGGCACCCUGGUCGCCUUUCAUCUAAAGCGCACUCUUCCGGCCAGAGCUCCAGUGACUCUCAUGCACAAAACCUCCCAACGCGCUAUUGCAGCGCAAGUAGCCCAAGGAAAGAUCAGGGUGGAAAAUAACGGUGUUGCCAUAACUACUAUUGGCUUUGACCACGACAUCUGGGAUCGCGAAAAUGACCCAACAUGGACUUCGCCUCCACCCCAGCAACCACGGAAUCCUGGCAAAUAUAAACUAUCCGAGGAGGAUGAUGAGGAGGAAUCACCCCCCAGCAAACCAUUGUCGGAGGGAGCUCGUGGUCGUUCACCCAUUACUUCCCUUGUCGUCACCACCAAAGCAUUCUCCGUUGCGCCGUCUCUUCGCGCACUGCUCCCACGUCUAAGUGCUUCCAGUACCAUCGUCUUAUUACAGAACGGGAUGGGUCUUUACGAAGAACUUUGCACAGAAGUAUUUCCGAACCCGCAUAAUCGACCUCAUAUCGUUGUCGCGGUCAAUAACCAUGGCACCUGGCUGAAGGAAUACAUGCAUGUCGUCCACGCUGGCAUCGGUAACAUGAAACUCGCCAUCAUGCCAGAUGGACUUGGUCGAGAUUUCGAAGCAUCUUACCGUAAAGCAGGGAAUCAUCGGACAGCCAAGUUAAACUUGGACGACAUCUUCACCUCAAGUGAAGAAGAUACCGAAGGAGGCCGAUAUUAUUCGCUCCGUUAUACGAUGCAAGCAUUUCUGGGGGCCGAAGGUCUGCAUGCGUCAUGGUUACCUCUGUACGACGUUCAACUGGCCAAACUUCGCAAGCUUGUUGUCAACUGUGUUAUCAAUCCCCUCACCGCUCUCCUCGGAUGUCGAAACGGCGAAAUAUUCGAACAUCCCUCAGGCCAUAAUCUCUGUCACCAAAUCUGCAAAGAAGCUUCAGCAGCAUUCCAUGCUCAAUGGCGAAGUGAACAAGAAGCUGCUGUCGCAGCGGGGAAAGAAAGUGAUUCUCGAUUUCCUGACAUAUUGACCACCGAAGCGUUGCAUGCGGAAGUCGAGCGUAUCGUGAAGAUGACCAGGAUGAACCUUUCGUCCAUGUUGUGCGACGUUAGGAUGGCCAGGCAAACGGAGCUCAAAUAUCUGAACGGGUAUUUACUCGGUCUUGGCCAGAAGUACAACGUCAGUAUGCCUACAAACCGGACACUCAUUUCGCUCAUGGGGCUACGGAGCCAGAUACCACUUCGAGGCUUGUUAUAGCAUCACGCAUGCCACUACGCCUGGAAUGACGCUCGGUCCUUCAAAGCUUCAUUCUCAUUUCCAACGAGCCCAUGCCAUACCUUCCUGUCACCGUCAUCUUGACAGAAGUCCUCAUUAUCAGUGGACUGCGACUAUCGGCUUAUGCGCCGUCCAAGGAGUCCGACGGGAAUUGAUGGUACAUGGCGGUCACUAGGACAAGAGGAAAGCAGGAAAGAGUAAUGAAAUUGGUAGGGCGAGAGCAAUGCGAAUGCGAAUGGAGCGCUACAUGCAAAGAGGUUGACGAGAUCUAUCGAUACAUCUACCCGGAAAGAAAGACAUGCUAAUUUAAUCCAAGGAUUUCUUUCUCUUUUGGCCUGUCCGUGCGGCUGAUGACGGUGUAGCCGAAGGAUCCGACGUUUUUAUCGAAGCCGCAGGUGUGGACAGUUGGGGUUUUGUGGUGCCGUUGUGCUUUGGUAGGGGUUUGGCUGGUGUCGCGUGCGGGGUUACACCAUUGGUGGUAGGUCGAUGAACGCCAUUCGUUUGAGGGAUGCCGUUGGGUAUAGAAGUAGAUCCCGAUGUAGCUAGAGAUACGUUGACGUUAGUGCGAAGGUAUAACACACGACGGUCUGGACG